AUGGAACUCCCUCGUCUCCACUCCAUACUUCGCUCGCCGUUUCGUUUCUCACCACAUCGCCGGCGAAUCCGAACCCAUCGCGCUUCCGGCUCCCUCAAACUCAAACAUCCCGGAUCUGGUCUCGACUUUUCUUCCCCUGCCUACCGCCGAGGCCUGUUUCCGUUUCGACAUUCUUGA